AUGCAAACGAUCAAAGAUGCCUGCAAUGCUGUUAGUGAUAAGGCCAAAGAAAUGGUGAGUGGUGCAUCUUACGAAUCCAAUAAGGAAACAGCAAAGGACUCAAGUCAAACAGCUGGUACACGAAUUGGAGCAGGAAUUGAUGCUGCUAAGGACAAAGUCGAAGAAACUGGUCAUGCUGCAAGUAAAGAGGUGAAUAAACAAAAAGCAACUCAUUGA